AUGAACACGUGUAAGAAUAAUUCACACAAGAAAUGUAAUAUACAUAUCUUCUGUAACUCAAUUCUUCUUCAGGUUACGAAGGCUGUAAAGAAGUCAUGUAAAAGUAAAGGAACCCUUAAAAAAAAAAAAAAAAACAGAACACCAGAAGAGGAGGAAUACGAAGAAACUGCCGAAGAAACUGCCGAAGAAGAAUCAGAAGAAGGUUACAACGAAGACGAUGAAUACGAUGAAGAAGAUGAAAACGAUGAAGAAGAUGAAAACGAUGAAGACUAUGAAGACGAUGAAGACAAAGAAAACUGUGCACAUGGAGCAGAUACGUUACAGGAACGGGUGCAUCAAUGGCUACAGGCUAAUCACCGGAGCCAUAAACCUCGGAUUCGUGAACAAUUAAUGCAUGAAAAGAUAAUGCUAAAACCGCAGAUAGUAUAUCGACAUUGGGAGCAACGACAAAUGCAGCAACCACAAACAGUGCACCCCUAUAAACAGGAACCAGAGGCUCCACAACCAGAAAUGCUACAACCACAAAUAGUGCAUCCUCAGAUUCAACAGGAACAAAUGCUUCCAUCGAAAAUGCUGCAUCCACAACUACGUGAAAACGAAAUAUAUAAAAGAAAAAAAAAAGAAAGAAGGAAAUUCUCUUCCGAAAAUAAACGAAAUCAUUCGAAUGAUGAUAUAUUUAAUUUAAGGUAUCAUGCAAGAAUACAAUAA